AUGUCUCAAGCUUGCACGUUGAAUUUCACUACACAUCCAUACAGACCUUUAGGUGGAUGCCACAGCGUCAAAGAGAGCGUAAGCGACUGGAACAUCUUCCCCCGCACCAGCUGCUGCCAAGAAGCUCUCAUCGUGUACGCGCAAGCAUUAGCUCUCGUCGCAAAAAACAGCUCGUCGGGGACCAUCUUCCUCAGCCAAGAACAGUGGAACGACUGCACUAGUGCACCCUUCCAGCUGCAGCCCAACAUGUCAACCGAAAGCUGUGGCUUCAACAAUUUCUACUAUGGGAGUGGCAAGUGCUCGAUGCUGAAGCUCUCGGACAUCGACCCAAAUGUCACUAGCCAGUGCUCCAGCUUCGUCUCUUACGACGAAGCCUGUGGGAUUUGCAUGAAGAAGAUAUCAACGGCAUUGGAUACGAUGAUGGAAAGUAUGGAUGUGAAGGGGAAUGAUACAGAGAGAGCUACCUGCCUAGUUGGCCUUAUUGUCUCAGUUAUUGCUGGGAAGAAGAGUGAUGCCUCUGAUGAUUUUGAGAGAUGCUUGCCCGCUUUGGCUGGUCCAGCACCUCAUAACUACAUCAAGAUAAGCUAUGGUGUGGCUGAAGCUCUACUAGCAGUGGUUCUGGUCAUGAUUGGCUUAGCUGCAAUUAUAUCGCUGAUAAAAUACGUAACCAAGAAUGAAAAGCAAAAGAAGAGGAAAUCACCAGAAACAAAAGGCGUGGCGGAUUUCACUGGCCUCUACAGGUUCUCAAAGGCGGAGAUUGACAGUGCGAUAAACCACGGAGGCGAGAAGAAGUGCUUAGGAAGAGGCAGUGCAGGCCUGGUAUACAAGGGUGUACUUCCCAGUGGGCAGUUGGUGGCAAUCAAGCAGAUAUACAAGAGCAAUACGUCGGAUUCGUUCACCAGGGAAAUAGAGGGCCUUUCGAGGGUCAGGCAUCCGAAUCUCGUGUGUCUAUUUGGCUGCUGCAUAGAUGAUGGGGAGCAGUACCUCGUGUACGAGUACUGCCCUCACGGGAACCUUGCUCAGCAUCUUCUACGGAAUGAUGGUGUCCUAAUGUGGGAGGACCGAGUGAGAAUCCUGACGGAAUGCGCGUCAGCUCUUAAAUAUCUUCAUCACCACAUGAGUGGAUGCAUCGUUCAUAGAGACAUCAAGCUGACAAACAUUCUUCUCACUCAUGAUAUGCAAGCAAAGCUGUCUGAUUUUGGUCUGGCUAGGUUGAUAGGUAUGGAAGAGAGCAAAGUGUUUACCGAUGUCCGAGGAACGAUAGGAUAUAUGGAUCCUGAAUAUAUGAGCAAUGCCAAACUAACCAGUGCCAGCGACAUCUACAGUUUUGGCAUUGUCAUGCUGCAGCUCUUAUCCGGGCAGAGGGUCAUUGAGCUCGAUCUGGACGCAAGAGACCAGCUCACCAGGAAGGCAAAAGAUGUGAACAUGCAAAAACGGCCACUAGCAGAUUUUCAAGAUCUUAAGAUGAAAGGAAAUAUUGUGACGGUGGAUUUUAAGUCCAUACUGCAAUUAGCAGUGCUCUGUGUGGCAAGUUCCAGCACCGGCCGCCCAAGCAUAGAUGAGGUUGUACAAGAGCUCGAGAAGGCUUUGAAUAACACACGGCUGCAAAUGAGACCAAGGGAGAAGAGUUCAUUUGAAGCAACACCCUCAAAAUCACCAGAAGUGAUUCAUGUGUGA